AUGCGUUCCCCAGAGCCCCCCAUCCCAUCCCCAGCUGAGGUGCUACUCUACGGCCAGUUCGGGGGCUGGGGCACGGGCAGCAGCAGCAACAACAACAGCUGCCCCAACAGCCCUGGAGGUCCUGGGGGUCUGUCGUCCCCUUCUCCCUCCCCCAGCUCCUCUCCUACCUCCAGCUACGCCCUGACCCUCACCCCCUCCCACAUCCACGUCCAGCGCCUGGCCCCCCGUCCUGGUAAAGAGGCGCGUCUAAUACUACCCCUGUCAGAGCUGGCAGGGUGCAGCUGUCCCCGCGCCCCCGCUCCCCCCUUGCUGGUUCUAUACUGGUAUCCCCCAGGGAGGCGGAGGAAGGGGGUGUCCAGGAGGAGGCAGGUGAGGGCAUACCUGGCUGAAGCCAGGGUGGAGGCUGAGAUGUGGUCCAUUGCUAUACAAUGUCUGCUCAGGGGAGUCGCCAUCACUGCUGACACGGGUGAGUGUGGCACUUGUGCUACAGGUGUGUGUGUUCCACUAACACAGCUACUAAUCAGUUAUCUUGUCUGUUUGUAUGCUAUGUUACAGUCCAGGCACAAUGUGUGGAGGUUCUGAGGUUAUUGUUACAUCCCAGUUGUUGGAAUCAAAGUCAGAUAUUCCCUAAUGCCCAUCAUAAAGACUGGCAAAGUGUCACCAUGAGAGAGCAUAAAGCCAAAUCAGCACUCGUUAUGGCAUUUGGCACCGACUACUUCCUGUCCUGUGUACAGACUUUAGCUGUGCGUUAAUUAACUUUAAGAGCACCAUUCACUCCAUAAAGUUUGUUUCCAUAAAUGAGUGUGUUAGUUAUUGUUAACUGGAGUCAUAUGGGGUGACCUGAGGUCCUCUUGAUGUAGGAGGCCAGAGGAUACAGAUUAAUAUAGGCCUAGUCUACUGUAUGAAUGCAAUGCAUGUUCUAACAGAUAUAGGCUAGUUCAGUGUAUUUCUGACCAUGGUAGAUAUAGGCUACUGCAUAAUGGACGUAGACAACUGUAUAAUGAACAUGUGAUAAGGAAUGAAUGGAUAUAGGCCAAUGCUGUUGUACUGUAUAAGGCCAUACAUACAGCAUUUUAUGUUCAGUUCGGUAUGCUGACUAUUGAAAGGCUAAUGUAUUGUUUAAGGGUUCAUUCAUGUAAAGUAUGUCCAAACUUUUGACUGGUACUGUAUGUGAAGAAACAUGUUAUUUAAAUAUCCUUGGCUGUGUGUGUAUGCUAUGUUAUCCCUUUAACACUUAAUUUCCUCUACUUUCUCUCUCUGUCUCUGCUCUUAUCUGUCCUGCACACACAGUCUGUAUCAUUCAGCGUCUAACCAACACAGCAUCCCUCCCUUCCCACUAACUCCCACCCCUCACCAACACAGCAUCUCUCCCGUCCCACUAUCUCCCGCCCUGCCCAGAUAGCAACACCACUGUUUACCCACGGCCUGUGUGGUUCUUUCGAUCUACAGUGCAAUCGGAAAGUAUUCAGACGCCUUGACUUUUUCCACAUUUUGUUACAUUACAUCCCUGUUCUAAAUUUGAUUAAAUACAUUUUUUCCUCAUCAAUCUACACACAAUACCCCAUUAUGACAAAGCGAAAACAGGUUUUUAGAAUUUUUUGCAAAUGUAUAAAAUAAAACGGAAAUACCUUAUUUACAUAAGUAUUCAGACCCUUUGCUAUGAGACUCGAAAUUCAGCUCAGAUGCAUCCUGUUUCCAUUGAUCAUCCUUGAGAUGUUUCUACAACUUGAUUGGAGUCCACCUGUGGCAAAAUUUAAUUGAUUGGACAUGAUUUGGAAAGGCACACACCUGUCUAUAUAAGGUCCCACAGUUGACAGUGCAUGUCAGAGCAAAACCAAGCCAUGAGGUCGAAGGAAUUGUCCGUAGAGCUCCGAGACAGGAUUGUGUCGAGGCACAGAUCUGGGGAAGGGUACCAAAAAAUGACUGCAGCAUUGAAGGUCCCCAAGAACACAGCGGCCUCCAUCAUUCUUAAAUGGGAGAAGUUUUGAACCACCAAGACUCUUCCUAGAGCUGGCCGCCCGGCCAAACUGAGCAAUCGGGGGAGAAGGGCCUUGAAUCAGGGAGGUGACCAAGAACCCGAUGGUCACUCUGACAGAGCUCCAGAUUUCCUCUGUGGAGAUGGGAGAACCUUCCAGAAUUGACAACCAUCUCUGCAGCACUCCACCAAUCAGGCCUUUAUUGUAGAGUGACCAGACGGAAGCCACUCCUCAGUAAAAGGCACAUGACAGCCCGCUUGGAGUUUGCCAAAAGGCACCUAAAGGACUCGGACCAUGAGAAACAAGAUUCUCUGGUCUGAUGAAACCAAGAUUUAACUCUUUGGCCUGAAUGCCAAGCGUCACGUCUGGAGGAAACCUUGCACCAUCCCUGCGGUGAAGCACGGUUGUGGCAGCAUAAUGCUGUGGGGAUGUUUUUCAGCGGCAGGGACUGAGAGACUAGUCAGGAUCAAGGGAAAGAUGAACAGAGUAACAUACAGAGAGAUCCUUGAUGUAAACCUGCUCCAGAGCGCUCAGGACCUCAGACUGGGGCAAAGGUUCACCUUCCAACAGGACAACAACCCUAAGCACACAGCCAAGACAACGCAGGAGUGGCUUCGGGACAAGUCUCUGCAUGUCCUUGAGUGGCCCGGACUUGAACCCGAUCUAACAUCUCUGGAGAGACCUGAAAAUAGCUGUGCAGCAACGCUUCCCAUCCAACCUGACAGAGCUCGAGAGGAUCUACAGAGAAGAAGGGGGAAACUCCCCAAAUACAGAUCUGCCAAGCUUGUAGUGUCAUACCCAAGAAGACUCAAGGCUGUAAUUGCUGCCAAAGUUGCUACAACAAAGUACUGAGUAAAGGGUCUGAAUACUUAUGUAAAUAUGAUAUUUCAGUUGUUUUUAUCUUCAAAUUUGCUAAAAUUUCUUAGCCUGUUUUUGCUUUGUCAUUAUGGGAUAUUGUGUGUAGAUUGAUGAAGGGGAAAAAUUAUUUAAUCAAUUUUAGAAUAAGGAUAUAACGUAACAAAAAGUCAAGAGGUCUGAAUACUUUCCGAAUGCACUGUAUAUACAGUAAAUGCUCUCUCUCUCUCUCUCCGUCCCUCUGUCUCGUACUCUCCCUUCAUUUUGCUUUUUUCAUCUGUCACCGUUUCUCACAUUGCUGUCUCUUUUUAGCACUUUGAAGACCUGGAAGAACUCCAAUCCCUACAUAAAGCAUCCAUUAUCCAUUUCAACAUUCCCUUUUUUUCCUUUUGUUUUCCCUCUUGUGUUGACUCUCCCUCUCUCAUUAUCUCUCUCUGUCUCCUUCCUCUCUCUCAAACACUCUCUCUCCUCUCCUCACUGUCUCUAUGCAUUAGUCUACACCCUCAGUGUCUGUCUGUACAUCCUCCCUCCCUAAGUCUUUCAUCCUUGCUGUCUUUACACCUUUUUCAGUCUCCUCUCCUCCUCCCGUCUCCUCUCCUCCUCUAUCUCCCCUGUUCCUUUCUUUUCCUUCCUGUCCUCUCCUCACCUCCCUUCCUCCUGUCCCUGCUUUCUCUCUCUCCUCUGUCAUGUCCUCUCUUCUCCUCUCCUCCGUCUCCUGUCCUCUCCCCCUCUCCUCUCCUCCCCCCUCUCCCUCUCCCCCCGUCUCCUCUCCCCCUCCCCGUCUCCUCUCCUCCUCCCGUCUCCCUCUCCUCUCCUCCUCCCUCCCGUCUCCUCUCUCCUCCUCCCUCUCCCUCUCCUCCUCCGUCUCUCCUCUCCUCUCCUCCUCCUCCCGUCUCCUGUCCUCCUCCUGUCUCCUCUCCUUCUCCUGUCCUCCUCCUCCCGUCUCCUGUCCUCUCCUCCUCCCGUCUCCUCUCCUCCUCCCCGUCUCCUCUCCCUCCUCCUCCCGUCUCCUCUCCUCCUCCCGUCUCCUCUCCUCUCCUCCCUUCCUCCUCUCCUCAUCCUCUCUCCUGCCCUCUCUCUCUCCUCCUCUCUCUUCCUCCUCCCUCUCUUCUUUCGCCUCUCCUCUGUUCUCUCUCCUCCCCCUCCUCCCUUCCUGUCCUCUCCACGUUCUCUCUCCUCUCCCUUCUCUCCUCUGUCCUGUCUCCUCUCUCCUCCUUUUUCUCCUUCUCACGUUCCUUCUUCUGUCUCCUCUCACAUCUCUCCCCUCUUCUCUUCAUCGUUGUUCCUCGUCUCCCUCUCUCUCCUUCUCUCUCUCCCUUCUCUGUCUCCACGGUCUGUCUGUUUGUCUGUAACUCUGUCUCCACGGUCUGUCUGUUUGUCUGUAACUCUGUCUCCAAGGUCUGUCUGUUUGUCUGUACCACUCUGUCUGUCUGUACUCUGUCUCCAAGGUCCUUGUCUGUUUUUGUCUGUCUAACUCGCUGUCCUGUCUCCAAGGUCUGUCUGUUUGUCUGUAACUCUGUCUCCACGGUCUGUCUGUUUGUCUGUAACUCUGUCUCCACGGUCCGUCUGUUUGUCUGUAACUCUGUCUCCACGGUCUGUCUGUCUGUAACUCUGUCUCCAAGGUCUGUCUGUCUGUAACUCUGUCUCCAAGGUCUGUCUGUCUGUAACUCUGUCUCCACGGUCUGUCUGUUUGUCUGUAACGCUGUCUCAACGGUCUGUCUGUUUGUCUGUAACUCUGUCUCCACGGUCUGUCUGUUUGUCUGUAUCUCUCUCUCCUUGUACUCUGUCUCUAUUUUGUUGCUCUGUUUUCCUCUCCUCUGCAGUGUGAAUUAGACAACGUCCUAGCUGCUGGUUCUGCUUCUAUAGUGGCUUUAGUCAGAGAUGUGUGCAGUUAGUUUGGUCCACUUCAACCCUAUACAGUAGGUGCUGCUGUGUAGAUAGGGCUCUGCUUGUUAAGACUAUACACUUUAGUGUUCAGUUAAAUACCUUGUUUCCCUGUCCUGGGCCUUGAGUGCCUUUUCAUUCUAGAAUAUUUAAUUAUAUUGAGCCAUUAGUCAAAUGGAAUCAUUAUUACUUAUGUGGUCAGAGAUAGGCCCUUUGAGAUGAGCUGAAAGAGGUUUGCCUUGUCACAGAUACACUCAAGGUCUGGGAAACACUGUGCUUUAUGGCAGGGUUUCCCAAACUCGGUCCUGGGGCCCUCCAGGGGGGGGGACCCACCUUUAUGUUAUCACUUACUUUUGUUGUUCUCUUUUACACUGUGAAGAUGAAGCCUUGUAUUUUUAAUAUAACAAUCAAUACAUUUGAUUCUAAUGAUUGUUUGCUUUCCCGCAGAAAUCGGCAAACGUCUACUGCCCCGACCCCGAAGGCUGCUGCUAUUGGUGAACCCCUUCAGUGGGAGGGGCCAGGCCAUGCAAUGGUGUCAGACACACAUCCUGCCAAUGAUCAGAGAGGCAAACAUCAGCUACAACCUGAUACAGACAGGUAACACACACCGUAACAUCAGCUACAACCUGAUACAGACAGGUAACACACACCGGAACAUCAGCUACAACCUGAUACAGACAGGUAACACACACCGAACAUCAGCUACAACCUGAUACAGACAGGUAACACACACCGUAACAUCAGCUACAACCUGAUACAGACAGGUAACACACACCGUAACAUCAGCUACAACCUGAUACAGACAGGUAACACACACCGGAACAUCAGCUACAACCUGAUACAGACAGGUAACACACACCGGAACAUCACACACCGUAACAUCAGCUAAACUGAUACAGGACAGGUACACACACCGGAACAUCAGCUACAACCUGUACAGACAGGUUACACACCACCGUAAAAUCAGCACAACUGAUACAGACAGGAACCACAACAACCGUAACCAUCAGCUACAACCUGAUUACAGAAAAGGAACACCACAAGGAACUCAGCUCUGCAAGUAUCACACACACACAGGUACAACCUCCUAACAACACGUCUCCUCUUCUCCUCAGAGCGACAGAACCAUGCCAGAGAGUUGAUCAAAGAGAUCUCCCUGCCACAGUGGGACGGCAUCAUCAUCGUCUCUGGAGACGGCCUGCUGCACGAGGUGGGUGUGUGUGGAGGGGGGGUGUGUGGGGUGUGUGUGUGUCUGACUCUGCUCUGCUUUUCUCUCUCCAGGUGAUCAAUGGUUUGAUGGAGCGUCCAGACUGGGAACUAGCCAUAAAGAUACCUGUAGGUAUCCUGCCCUGUGGCUCUGGAAAUGCCCUGGCUGGUUCCAUCAACCACCACGCAGGGUGGGUCACACACACACAUCCAACCGCUAUGUGACACAUGUAAUGUCUUGACCAAAAUGCUGAUCCAGAGAUAUGAGACUGAUUCAAACCUAAACAUGCAAUAUUCUAGAAUUUCUUGUUAGAUCAAUGGUGAGAAUGCUGGAGAUACUAGUAGAAGCAUUGAAAUGAGAAAAAGGUUAUUCCAGUUCAGGGCUCUGGUCCCAUGGUGUGUCUGGAAUGAAUGAAUCAUUUCUCUCCGCCUCAAAUUCAUUCAUCAACCACUCGAUACAUUUCUCGAUGUUGAUAAACACACACCCUUACAGUCACACACACACCCACAGUAGUUUUCAUUGGUAAUAAAAGGUGUGCAUUCUAAUUAGGGUUGGGCCGAUAUAUGAUUAUAUCGGGAUGUUUGCCAUUGGCGAUAUAUCGUGAUGUGCAAAACUUCUGUAUUUGAACUUUAAAAAAUAAAAGCGAUGCAGUCUUAUCAGUUAGGAUGUAUCAAUAUGUUGAAAAUGAAGUCUAAAUAAAUUAACUAAGACUUAUUUUUUUGCCAUACAAAGAUUAUUUAAUGAGUGUGUGACUACAAUAUCAUAAAUGAGGACAAAACUUGCACAGUCUGGAAUGAUCUAGUCAGUAACGGCGCAAAACUAUUAUAUUGGAUAUCACAAUAUUUGAAGUAGCAUAUCGUAGAAGAGGUCUCCCCAAAUAUCGCCCAACCUUAAUUCUAAUCAAGGUCAACCUUUAGACUUCAGUUUCUUGAUGUACAGCCGAUUGGCCUUAUUAAAGUACUCCCAUUCCCUAUCUCCUCCUGCCCACAUUCCUUAUCUCUCUCCUCCCCCAUCCCUCCCCCCUCUCGCUCCUAACCGUUAGACUUCUCUUCUCUGACCUUCCCAUGGACCUUCCUCCUUCCCUCACUCUCUCCUCCCCCAUCCCUCCCUCUCCCGUCCCUCCCCAUUCCCCCCCUCUCUCUCCUCCUCCUCCACAUGCGCCGAAUACAACAGGUGCAGACAUUACAGUGAAAUGCUUACUUACAGCCCUUAACCACAGUGCAUUUAUUUUUAACAAAAAAGUAAAAAUAAAACAACAACAAAAAAAGUGUUGAGAAAAAAAGAGCAGAAGUAAAAUAAAAUAACAGUAGGGAGGCUAUAUAUACAGGGGGGUACCGGUGCAGAGUCAAUGUGCGGGGGCACCGGCUAGUUGAGGUAGUUGAAGUAAUAUGUACAUGUGGGUAGAGUUAAAGUGACUGCAUAAAUAAUUAACAGAGUAGCAGCAGCGUAAAAGGAUGGGGUGGGGGGGCAGUGCAAAUAGUCCAGGUAGCCAUUCCCUCCCUCCCUCUCUCUCCUGCCUACCAUUCCCUCCCUCCCUCUCUCUCCUGCCCACCAUUCCCUCCCUCCCUCUCUCUCCUGCCCACCAUUCCCUCCCUCCCUCUCUCUCCUGCCCACCAUUCCCUCCCUCUCUCUCCUGCCCACCAUUCCCUCCCUCCCUCUCUCUCUCUCCUGCCCACCAUUCCCUCCCUCCCUCUCUCUCCUGCCCACCAUUCCCUCCCUCCCUCUCUCCUGCCCACCAUUCCCCUCCCUCCCCUCUCUCCUCCUCACCAUUCCCUCCCUCCCCUCUCUCUCCUGCCCACCAUUCCCUCCCUCCCUCUCUCUCCUGCCCACCAUUCCCUUCCCUCCCUCUCUCUCCUGCCCACCAUUCCCUCCCUCCCUCUCUCUCCUGCCCACCAUUCCCUCCCUCCCUCUCUCUCUCCUGCCCACCAUUCCCUCCCUCCCUCUCUCUCUCCUGCCCACCAUUCCCUCCCUCCUUCUCUCCUGCCUCACAUUCCCUCCCUCCCUCUCUCUCCUGCCCACCAUUCCCUCCCUCCUCUCUCUCCUGCCCACCAUUCCCUCCCUCCCUCUCUCUCCUGCCCACCAUUCCAUCCCUCCCUCUCUCUCCUGCCUUCCAUUCCCUCCCUCCCUCUCUCUCCUGACCCCCCAUUCCCUCCCUCCCUCCCUCUCUUCAUGUCUUGUUAUUUCUAGACUUUAUCUCUGGAAGACACUUCAAUAAAUGAGUCCAGUCAAUAAGUACAGUCUGUUCUUUCAUCUCUCUCUCCUUAUCUCUUGUGUUGUCUUUAUGAUGGUUUGUUAGUCCACCUACAUAACAUUCACUGAUUGUGUAAGUCAUAAACAUUAUGUUAACUUAUAUUACACAGUAUUAAUGUCCUCCUCUCACCUUUCCUCUCUCCCUCCCUUUCUCUGUAUUUUCCAUUCGUCUCCCCCUCCAUCUUUCCUCCCUCUCCACAUUCUCCCCCUUUCUCCAUUCUCUUCCAUCUCUCCCUCUCUCCUCUCUACAUCCCUCCUCUCCCUUCCAUCCACUGUUUCCCUCUUUCUUUUCUCUUCAUCCCAGUUAUGACAUGUGCCUUCGGGAGCCUCUCCUCAUCAACUGCUGCUUUCAGCUCUGCCGGGGCGGAGUCAAGCCCAUGGACUUGGUCUCUGUGACAACCAGCCCCGCCCCUUCUCAAAAUGGCCGCCCGGGUCUCCCCAGAAGGAUGUUCUCCUUUCUGUCUGUGGCCUGGGGCUUUGUGUCUGACGUGGACAUCGAGAGUGAGAGGUGUGUGUGUUUAAGUUAAUGGAGUGGCUGCGGUGCCGAAUUCUCUGGAGUCCUCUUCCCGAUAGCUAAACAACCGAAGCGUCUGCACAUGUGCGGGAUUCUCUAUUUUACUGUUCCCUCUGCUGCCGCACCGUAUCAAACACAAGCAGAACACUAAUGGGCAGUGUUUUUCCAUCAUCAUUGGAAACAUUGGCUAAGCAGGAGGCAGACAGGCAGUCAAAGUAGUAGUUGAAUGGUCGGCUGCCCAGGCAAAUUUCAGUCAUCAUCAAAUCGUGCAGUACUUGCAUGAUCAUUAAGAAGCAAAAUUACAGUUGUAAGUCAUUUGUGGUUUAAAUACAGAUUUUGUUUUUGUCCCAAUGCAAUGUGUAGACUGCUUCCUACGUGUGCUACUGCAAUAUCCUUAGUUACAACAGACAAAAGUUGUCGCCUACAUCCUAAAUUAGAAUACUAAUAUAUAUAUAUUUAGAAUGCUGGUUCAAAUAGCUGCAGGUUUUAUAUCAGCUGUUCAGAAAUAUGAGGCAGAGACGUAGGCUACAUCAUCAUGUCCAUCAAAAUGGUUGAUAGGAAGGGUUCAGGAGAGGGUGAGUAAAGGGAGACAUGUGAAGGGAGGUGGAUGUGUGUGCAAACUAAACCCAUGGGCAGAACGUGAUUGGGUUCUUUAGCUCUGGGGAAGAGGCUUCCAGGGGGACGGGACAGGGCGGUUACCUUCGGUCGCUCAGCCAAGUCCUUAAGUUAAGUAGAUGCAAUCUUUCACUGUACUACCUUAAUCACACUUAUUCCUAAUGAAUAAGUUGUGUUUUAUUCUCUGGUGUUGCCCUGGUAACUAAAUGUUGUAAUGGUGUGCUGUUGCAGGUACCGGGGUCUGGGCUCGGCACGGUUCACCCUGGGCACUCUGGUCCGCCUGGCCUCCCUGCGCUCCUAUAAGGGCCGUCUGUCCUACCUGCCCCCCUCCAUAGUCGCCACAUCCCCAGACGCCAGCCCUCCGCCCCAGCGCAGACCCCUGUCCCGCAGCAUCACUGAGGGCCUGGAGGGCUUCUGCCGCACCCCCAUCCACCGCACCAGCUCUGACAUGGGCCUCAGCGAACAGAGGAGUCUGAGGAGGGUAGACACAGAGAGGGAGAGAGAGAGAUGGAGAGGGAGAGAAGGAGGGAGAGGGCCAGGGGAGGGGGAACGGGGGUGGUCAGGGCGAGUAGCUUGGCAGAGGAUAGAGAGAGAGAGAUGGAGAGGGAGGUGGGGAAGGAGGGAGAGGCGGAGAGGUCAGGGACAAGUUCGGAGUCGAACAAAGGGAAGAUUGCAGGAUGGGAAGGGAGGAUGGGAUGACGGGGAACAUGGAAGAAAGGCAAGGUGAGGAAAGAGAAGACGGAAAGAUAGAGCAGGACUCAGGGGAGAUGGAGGAAGAGGAGAGAGUGAGGGAUGGGGAAGGCUGCAGCGGCUCGAUGGAUGGGGUGAUGGAAGCGAAGGAGGUAGGAGAGGGGUAUGUGGUGGACGUAGGGCGAGAGGCCAAUGAGGACCCAGAGGGGUGUUAUUCGUACCCAGACAACCUCCAGCAGACCAGACAGGCUGUAAGGAAGAACUCUGCCCCCUCCAGCCAGAUAGCAAAUGCCUUCUUUAGCCAGCCCCUCAGCCAGGAGGCUGACCCUGUGUCUGGAGCCUCGUACAGGGCAGAAGAGAUGGAUCUGAACGGGACAUACUUCCAGAAAGAAGCCUACCCACUGGACAUUGCCCGGGAGAGAGCCCUCACCAUAUCCUCUCCCUUCAGACACUCUCCUUUCUCCGUCAAGCCCAAAACGCUGGACCAGAACGCAUCCCGCCCCAGACCCUUAUCCCUCCUCCACCACCCUCACUCCAACUCCCUACCCCCCAAACUCCCCUCCCUGUCCCUCUCCCUCUCUCCCACGCCCCCUUCCUCCCCCUCCUGCGCCUCCCCCCACUCUUCCUCCUACCUCGCUCCGCGCCCCAACACCCCCAACUCCACCUCCCCUUCCCCGUCUCUCCAGUCACCCCUCCCCCUCCUUUACCUUUGACAUUGCCGAGCCUGCCGGGCCCCUCAAGAACCGCCCCCCCAUCUCCCUCCCCUUCAACCCCCCCAGGGAUGACCUCCUGCCCCCCUUGGACCAGCCCUUGCCCACCCGGGACUGGGUGACCAUCGAGGGGGACUUUGUGCUUGUGCUGGCCAUCUACCAGUCCCAUCUUGGGGCAGACCUCCAUGCCGCCCCCCAAGCCAAGUUUGAUGACGGGCUGAUCCACCUGACGUUUGUGCGGGCAGGGAUCUCCAGAGCCACCCUGCUCCGUCUGUUCCUGGCCAUGGAGAGGGGGGCCCAUCUGUCUCUCAGCUCCCCGUAUGUGAGCCAUGUCCCAGCCAGGGCCUUCAGGCUGCAGCCCCUCUCCCCACGAGGAACACUCACUGUGGACGGGGAAAUGGUGCCCUACGGCCCGCUGCAGGCACAGGUAGAGAGAGCGAUGGAGUGGGGAGGGCUGGAGGGAGUGUGUACAGUGAAGAUAAAAGCAGUUACUAAGAUUUUUUAUCUGAUUUCAAAAGCUUUUCUUUUUAAGUCUUUUCACUAACAAUCCCAGCUCGUAAGUGCAUGUAAAUCCACUCCACAUCUUAUAGUACUGAACUGGUGGAUUGUCUUUGGUACGAUGUUACCCUCUGUAUUUUGCCUGUAUUAUAUUAAACCCUUGCUGAUGGCCUAUCACUUCAGUGCAACAAAAGCUGUGAGAUUCUGUGGUUAUCUUUUAUGUUUUCUUUGGUAUAUUAAUAAUCACAUUAUACACUUCUGAGACCUAUCUUUAGUUCCCUUCUCUAAAGUAUUAUACUAAUCACUUUAUGGGUUUGUCUCCCUCAGGUCCAUCCCUCCAUGUCCCGGCUCAUCGUCGGCGACUCUGGAGUGAAGAUCACCUGA